CACUGCUGGGAGUAAAGAUUAAUGGAAAGCUUUGGUUCUCCAUGGAAAACCCACCAUCACACAACAGGGAGCUCAUAGUCCCUGGCAUGCCAACUGUGUGUGUGUGUGAUGCUCUGGGUAGAGAAACAACCAGCAGACAUGGACUUUAGCGGCACCUGGAAGGUUUAUUCUGAGGAGAACUUGGAUGAAUUCCUGAAAAUAAUUGGGGCUCCUGAGAUCGUCGUAAAGAUGAGGAAGGAUGUGAAACCGGUGAUAGUCAUUGAGCAGAAGGGAAAAGACUUCACCUACACGAUGAAGACUCCGUUCUUCAGCAGGGUUAACUCCUUCACCAUUGGGAAAGAAUCGGAAAUCUCAUCGGUGGAUGGCAGGAAGUUAAAGUGCACUGUCCGAGAGGAGAACGGGAAGCUGAUCUGUGAGACGGACAGAUUCACGUGCGUCCGAGAGAUCCAAGGAGAUGAAAUGAUAGAAGUGAGAAAGUUCAAACGAGAGCUUCCUGAGAUGAGUUUAUUAUUGUUGUUUUUGUGGAAGUCGGCCAUGUUUUCUCUCUUCUACAGACAGCCACAGCUGGUUCUGUAACCUUCAUCAGCAGAAGCAAACGGGCCUGAGCAGCACCCAGCCCUCCUGGACGCCCCUGCAUCAGAACCAGGAGCCGUGUGGGAACAGCUGAUGAACUAAUAAACCCAAUUUUAGCAAAUAAACGCUUGAAAAAAUUAUAUUAAAUUAUUCAUUUGUACAUUUGUGAUGUUCAAAAAAAACUAAAGUAUAAUCUAAGUAGGAGAUUUUUACUGUUCUGUGGUAUAAAAUGUUUGGAAAUAUCUCUAGUUUGUAAAGGUUUCCUGGCAAAAACAAAUGCAGACUGUGAAACAUGGCUCUGUGAAAGCAAAUGUUGGCACAGUACUGUAUUUAUUUAGUUUAGUUUGGACAUGAAUAUGUAAUAAAUAAACAUUUGGUG